AUUUUUAAAACCAAGCGGCAUUCGACGACGACGGCGACAGCGUGCUACAAAAGCCAUUGCGAGCGUCUACGCGGCGCUCGAAAAACACCAGGAAAAUCACAAAAUUCGAAACCCAAACAGGCAUCCAGCGAAAAUCGGGAAAAGCCAACCCGUACGAUUCAGGAACUACCAGCAGACAGUUUUCGAAAAAAAACUAUAUCGUUUUGAGCAGUCCCGCUUUGUGUUUGUAUUUUUUGCAGUGAGUGUGUGUGCGCGGUUUUUCUUAAAAAGCCCAGUUUUCGAAACAUAACAAUACAAAUUUGAGGCACUGUCCAAGAACCUGUUCCGUGCAAAUUCUACGACCACCUGGCAGCUGAUUCGAGAAAUAAAAAACAAAAAAUAUCAAAAACAAGAAGAAGCAUCCCCAAAACAAACACUCGCACGCCAUGCUGUGACAAAAAAAUACAAUCACAAAAGGAAAACAAAACCAAACGCGACAAGAGGAGCCUGGAAGACAACGGAAUUUCGCUUGAUAUGCAUCGAAGGUUGAAGGGCAAGAGAUUCCGAAACAAGACAAGAACUGGCAAGAGAAAGCUAGGAUCGCACCCAGCCUAACAGCCACCUAACCCUUUGUCGGCGAGAUUAACGACACUGCCCGGAGGAGAGAUCCUAAUCCUGAUCCUGAUUCGCCCAACGAGACCACCCGACCUGUGCCAAGAUGUACAAGUUGCUGGGUAGCCUGAAGAGCUACCUCAAGUGGCAGGACAUCCAGACGGACAACGCCGUCUUCCGGCUGCACAACUCCUUCACCACGGUGCUCCUGCUCACCUGCAGCCUGAUCAUCACCGCCACCCAGUACGUGGGCCAGCCGAUCAGCUGCAUCGUCAACGGAGUGCCGCCGCACGUGGUCAACACCUUCUGCUGGAUCCACAGCACCUUCACCAUGCCGGACGCCUUCCGCAGACAGGUUGGUCGUGAGGUGGCUCAUCCUGGUGUGGCCAAUGACUUUGGCGACGAGGACGCCAAGAAGUACUACACCUACUACCAGUGGGUGUGCUUCGUGCUCUUUUUCCAGGCCAUGGCCUGCUACACUCCCAAGUUCCUGUGGAACAAAUUCGAGGGCGGCCUGAUGCGGAUGAUUGUGAUGGGGCUGAACAUCACGAUCUGCACUCGCGAGGAGAAGGAGGCGAAGCGCGACGCCCUGCUGGACUACCUGAUUAAGCACGUGAAGCGCCACAAGCUGUACGCCAUCCGGUACUGGGCCUGCGAGGUGCUGUGCUGCAUCAACAUCAUCGUGCAGAUGUACCUGAUGAACCGCUUCUUCGACGGCGAGUUCCUCUCGUACGGCACCAACAUCAUGAAGCUGUCGGACGUGCCGCAGGAGCAGCGGGUGGACCCCAUGGUCUACGUGUUCCCCCGGGUGACCAAGUGCACCUUCCACAAGUACGGUGCCUCCGGGUCGCUGCAGAAGCACGACUCCCUCUGCAUCCUGCCGCUGAACAUCGUGAACGAGAAGACGUACGUGUUCAUCUGGUUCUGGUUCUGGAUCCUGCUCGUCCUGCUCAUCGGACUGAUGGUGUUCCGUGCCUGCAUCAUCUUCAUGCCGAAGUUCCGGCCCCGUCUGCUGAACGCCCGCAACCGAAUGAUUCCGAUGGAGAUCUGUCGCUCGCUGUCCCGGAAGCUGGACAUCGGGGACUGGUGGCUCAUCUAUAUGCUGGGUCGCAAUCUCGACCCGGUCAUCUACAAGGACGUGAUGAGCGAGUUUGCCAAGCAGGUGGAGCCCUCCAAGCACGACCGUGCCAAGUAGACGAGACACGAGACACUCGCCGCCCCGAUCUGCCCUACGAAAUAUCAAAUACCCUGCCUAACUCCCAAUCAUCAUUUGUCCGGUGCCCCAAAUUCCAAAUUCUGCUUUGGACUAUUAUUUUUAUUUAGCACAAAUCAUACUACUUAGUUGAAACACAAGACCGACGCCCCUUUGGUAGUUCUGUGAUUAAGCCCCCCAACCCCAACCUUUGAACCCUCUCCCCUUUGACCUCUUCCCUAUUACCACUCCCCUUCCCAGCCAGCCCAUUACUAUUUUAAGCAUGGAUUAAUCAAUGAUCACAACUCGAAUCGCGCUUGGCAGAAAAGACAAUCUUUUAUUUUAAUUUUAUUUUUUGAUUUUUGAUUUUCCAUCAAUUAUAACAAGACAAACAACAACAAAAAUAAUGAGAUUUUCCUUGUGUUUUUUUUCUGCAAACAAUACAUUUUUUUUCCUAAUUUUAAAAUGUAAUUUAAUGCCUAGUUCUUAUUUAUAAAUAGACAACAUCACUAAAAAAUCCCCUGAAAAAAACAACCAGAAGAGAUACUAUUUCUGCUUAAAAUCGUAAACUGUUUUUUAAACGCUUCGGAAACAACCGAUAAUAACAAAUAAAUAUUGCUUUUGAGUCUUUCAUAAUAAUAGUUUGUAAAAUUCCAAUCGGAAGCGUUUGAAACACAUAAAUUUUUUUUGGGGAAUAAAUUGAAGAGAAUAAAAUGCGCUA